UGUGCAAUCUUGUUCAUAAAUUCCAAUCUCUCUAUUAGUCUACAAAACUUAUUAGAGAGAUAUAUCUUAGAUAUUAUGUGCAGGCUUAGGGGUCGUCUUCUAUGUAAUGGUGCUCUUCGAUUUGGGAAAAACAUUAAAACUAAGUGGAGAUAACACAAUAAGCACGAUUAAACUAAGCCUCAUUAUUACAAUGAUUAAAACCAGUCCUUGUUUUUCUAUUAACAGACCGAGUCACUCGUUAUCAGGCCUUUGCGUGGUCAAAUCCUUGUUACGAUCUUCAUAUCCCUAUCUUUUGGCACCUUCAAACGUAUUGACGGUAUUGCAUUCAAAUCUCCUUUCGUCUGAUUAUGUCGGAUCUUUUUAUUCAAACGAAUCUCUUCUUUUUUAGUAAUUUACAGUUUGUAUCGACGCAAAUAACUAUUUUGAAACCAUUUCCUUCCUAAUAGGAGGGAUCUCCUUCCGUAAAACAUAAAAGACCACCAUAAAAUUUUCCAACUGCAUCUCCUCUCGUUAUAUAUAAAUGACCCAAUAUAAUGUUGUGCUUAUCACAGUGGUGAUUGCAAAGAGAGAAAAGGAUCAAGAAAUAGAAAUGGCCGCUUACAGGUUAUUCUUUUGGAUCCUGCUAAUAUCUGUCUGGUUUUCUAAGAUUCAUAGCUAUAAUCUUCAGUCUGCCUGCGAAUUGGCCGAGGAUCCUAAGUCAUGCCUCUCUAGUUUACUUCAAGAUCCAAGGUCGUUAAGAGCUAGUCCCAAAAAUCUCACCAAAAUUUCUUUGUACAGAAGUUUAAGUAAAGUUCAAAGGGUGAAAGAUCUAAUUCCUCCUCUGGGUUGGGUAGGCAGAGCAUUCGAUGCAAAGUUUAGCAGUGCAAUUGGACAUUGCUUAAAUUUUUAUGAUCUUGCUGUUAAAAACUUGAAGGACGCUCAGAUAAGAUUGUCUCGUUCUAGUACAGAUGAUUUGAAGUGGACUCAUGCAGUCCACAUUCAGACUUUAUUAAGUGCAGCUCAAACUGAUCAGCGGACCUGUCAAAGAGCCCUUCAUCAUACCAAUGUAAAUCUCAGUGAAUUCACGUUCACUAAUGGCAUGCAUAGUGCCUCGAAGGCUGUAGGUGACAGUAUGGCUCUGGUUAAGAAAUUGUGGAUCUUGAACAGGGCUCCAAUCCACCACAAGAGACGUCUGUUAUCUGAUGGAUAUGAUUUGGGCCUGGUUGAAGAUGGGUUUCCUUGGUGGGCGUCUCGUUCAGAGAGGAGAAAGCUUUUACAGACUUUUGAAUCUUCCCGAACGGACGCAACCGUGGCUCAAGAUGGCAGUGGGGAUUACACGACGGUUGCAGCAGCCAUUAAUGCUGCUCCUGUAAAUAAUCCCCACAAAUACGUGAUCCGUAUCAAACGAGGAGUGUACAGAGAAAACAUUCAGGUGCCCCGUGAGAAGCCUAAUAUUAUGUUGGUGGGAGAUGGCGUGGACGCCACUGUCAUUACUAGUAGCAAAGGCACCGGUGAUGGAUAUGGAUUCCUCGACACUCCAGCUCUAGUUGUUUACUCGAACGGUUUUGUGGCUCGUGACAUUACAUUUCAGAACACAGCAGGUCCAGCAAAAGAGGUGGGAGUUGCACUCAUGGUGGUAUCAAACAAUGCAGCCGUUUACCGUUGCAAGUUAGAGGGCUUCCAAGACACUCUGUACGCGCAUUCCAUGCGCCAAUUCUACAGGGAAUGCGAAAUCUAUGGAACCAUCGACUUCAUCUGUGGUAACGCUGCAGCAGUCUUCCAGAAAUGCAAUAUUUAUGUUAGAACACCCCUCCAGGGCCAACAAAAUGUGAUCACAGCUCAAGAAAGAGAGAUCCCAAAUGAGAAUACAGCAAUAGUUAUUGAUAACUGUCAAGUCAAUCAGGACACCGGGGUGCAAACGUUGUCUGGGGGCUCUGUGGCGACGUACCUGGGGAGGCCCUGGGGACACUACUCUCGCACUGUUUACAUGAAUACUUAUUUGGGCGGUUUCAUCGACCCAGAUGGCUGGUUUCCAUGGGGCAAUCGAGAUGACUCACAGACUGUAUUUUAUGGAGAAUAUAACAACAAAGGACCCGGGGCUGAUACUUCAAGACGACACAAAUGGCCUGGCUUUCAUGUCCUCACCAGCCUCUCUAGUGUUGCACCCUUUAGUGCAUCUGCUUUGCUCCAGCUUGAAGAUUGGCUGCCAUCGGGAAUACCUGCUGACCAAGACGCUAAGUAACGUUCAUAAAAGUGUGAUAACCCCUAUUUUGACCAUAAUCCACUAAAUUCAUUGAAAUGGACAUGAAUAGAGGGUAUUUUAACUUUUGGGUUUA